AUGGGUAAAAUAGUGUUUUAUGUGUUUUUAUUAGUGUUCAUUGGUUUCGAAACAUGCAGCUCUCAAGUUUUACAGUUCGGUGUGUGUCCAAAAGUUGAGACUAUGAGGUUUUUUGACUUAGAAAGGUUUUUAGGAAAAUGGUUCGAGAUAGAACGAUUCCCGACUUGGUACGAGGAAAACGGGCAUUGCGCGUAUAAAACGAUUCAGGCGUGUGGAAGAAGGAUAGAGAUACAGCAUGGAUUCGUGAGGGAGGGAAUACAAUAUAUAUUGCACGUGAAUAGUACUUAUAUUCCUGGGGACGAAGCUGUGUUUAACAUACAGGAGAGCAAUAUUGAUCCAGUUGGUAUUCCUCUGUCAGUGAUAAUAACGGAUUACAAUAACUAUGCCGUUGUCUACGGAUGCAAAAGCAGCAAAAUUUUCGAUAUGAAAUACAUUUCAGCUUGGAUUCUAUCAAGAGAUACAACUCUCCACCCCGAAAUCUUGGAAACAGCACGUCAGACGCUGAAUUCUAUACCUAAUGCCAACCUAGCAUAUUUGAAACCUGUGGAGCAAUCAGAAGGAAGUUGCACUUAUCAUUGGACGGCCCAUAUAAAUGCUGAUUACAAAGAAAAGGAUGACGGUAUUAUUGAUAAUGAUCGAAAAUAA